ACCCAGGCAUGUUCAAUAUUGCUCAGAUGAAGAACCGGCCCAUGGUCCACAUCGGUGGGUGACCCAUCAGGUUAAUUUUGGUGCUCCAAGAUUCCCUACCAGCCAAUCCAAGCAUUUCCUCCUGGAACCUCCACUGUGUGCUGGGUCUGGGAUCCAGAGUGAGUUUCUCCACCCAGAUGGCAACUUUGUGGAGAAUCCCCCAGACUUCUCUUGCUCAGCAGUGGCUGGGGUCUGGCUCCCCUCAAAGACACUAUUGCUCCCACAUAGACACUGACCCAAAGUGCCUUAGGUCAGGGUCCCGGGUUCCUGCUGCCCCUUCACAACCCUGCUCAACCUCAGACCAACUAACUCAUGUGGACUCAGAAGGACAGGCAGCUAUGGUAGAUGUGGGCCAGAAGCCAGACACAGACCGGGUAGCUGUGGCCUCAGCUGUGGUCUUUCUGGGGCCUGUGGCCUUCAAGCUUGUCCAGCAGAACCAGCUAAAGAAGGGAGAUGCACUGGUGGUGGCCCAGCUGGCUGGAAUCCAGGCGGCCAAGCUGACCAGCCAGCUGAUUCCUCUGUGUCACCAUGUGGCCCUGAACCACAUCCAGGUACAGCUGGAGCUGGACAGCACACGUCAUGCUGUGGUGAUACGGACAUCCUGCCUAGCUCGGGGCCCCACUGGGGUGGAGAUGGAGGCACUGACGUCAGCUGCUGUGGCUGCCCUCACUCUGUAUGACAUGUGUAAAGCCAUCAGUAGGGACAUCGUGGUGGGGGAGAUUAAGCUCAUCAGCAAGACUGGAGGACAGCGGGGGGACUUCCACCGGGCAUAGAGCUCCUGCCCUGGCUCACUCACCAGUUGGUCAGGUCUCCCAGCAAGAUGCAAUUUGGGCCAAGGGAAAGAUGUCAAGUUCCUUUAAUCUUGGUCACUAUUUACCUUCACCAGAAGGAACCCGAGGUCAUCCCACUCCUUUGCUGCAGGAUGUUUUAUAAUAACCCAUAAGGCUUCCCUUAUACUACAGGUCUUGAACCUUCCAGGACUCUGAGGUAAAUGGAGGAGUUGCAAAAAGCAAUACUAGAUACCCAGAAAAUCAUAUCAUGUUACUUAAGAACUGUUACAGACAACCAGCUUCAGGCAGCCCAGCCUACAAGUCUACUUCUCAUUUUGGGUUCUCUCUUCUCCCACUUCCCUGGGGAGAGAAUAAGGGCUCAUUAAGCUGAAGAGAACCCACUUUGGGGAGGGAAAAGCACAAGCUUGCAUAAAGAAUGUAUCACACCUUCUCUCCAGCAACUUUGCCUCCCAGUUUGUGAAGCCACAACCCUGCCCUGAUUAAGAAGCCACUCAUUACCCUCUGGCCUGCUCCUUAUGUUUAGCAGGCUUUUGGCAUAACAAUUGCACUGAUCUGCCAGAUCCCCUGCCUCCACCAGUCCCUCCCCUUAAACAGGACACAUGCUGGUGGCUCUAGCCCUAAGGAUUCCUGCUGACCACUUAUCUCACACCUGGUCCUGCUCACUGUCAGUCUACCUACACCUCUUUAGCACAUAUCAGGGAAAGAAGAGAACUGAAGACUGCCUUCACCUGUAAUAAAGUAUACAAAUAAAGUCACAACGCCAACUUUGGAGGUUCAAGAAUGAGGACUAUCUGUGGGGAGGGCACCAGGCUGCUACAAUUUCAUUCUCACCCCUCAAUCUCAUCCCAAGACCCACUCCCCAGGGGAAGAAGAGAGGGAGACCCUGGAAAAGCAACUGGUAGAUUCUGUAUAUACUUCCCUCCCUCUUGGAGCAUGUCGAAUGGAGUGGGAGGUAUAAAAAUGUACCCUAAGGUGAAUUUGUCUGGUGGGAGGUCCUUAGCACCUUGUGUCACCAGCUAUUGGAGAUUAGGUAAGUGAAACAGAAGUUCCUGGGUUCCAGUUCUAAACACUGGUUUGGCUGGGUUCUCUAGUGUGACUGAAUUUCUUUGGGUUGUUCCUUGUUUCCUCAGUGGUGUCCCUGGCCUGUCUAUGUUGAGGUGUGCUAGCAAAUGUCUAAUAACCAGCUCUCUGGAAAAUGGUGAUUUUGUGUUAUAAAUACUCCCAAUUCAAGCUAUUCCUUUAUCACCUGGCUUGCAAAAUUUCUGAAAAUUUAACA